AUGUCCAUCGAAAAUGCCACCAUUCUUACGUUUUGUGAACGAUGGCCUCUGAUGGUGGAUCCUCAACUGCAAGCUAUCAAGUGGAUAAAGAAUAAGUACGGCGAUGAUCUUAUUGUAACUCGAUUAACCAAAAAGGGCUACAUCGACGAAAUCAUCAAUGCCAUUCAGAAUGGACAGGUUGUUUUAAUUGAAAAUCUUGGUGAAACUUUGGAUGCAAUUCUAGAUCCCGUCAUUGGUCGCGUAACAAUUCAGAAGGGUCGAGCAAUGCUGAUUGGGGAUAAGGAGAUUCCUUACAACCCCAACUUUAAGUUAAUUCUCCACACUAAACUGGCAAAUCCUCACUAUCAACCUGAGUUGCAGGCUCAGACAACUCUAAUUAAUUUCACUGUCACAAGAUCUGGUCUUGAAGACCAGCUUUUGGCAGUUGUGGUGAGCAAGGAAAGACCGGAUUUGGAGAAGCUUAAAUCGGAUUUGACCAAACAGCAGAAUGAAUUUAAGAUUACCUUGAAACAGUUGGAGGAUUCACUCUUGGCGAAACUUGCAAAUACAGGUGGAAACUUUCUGGGUGAUCAUUCGCUGGUGGAGAAUUUGGAAAGCAACAAGAGAACGGCUACGGAAAUUGAAGAGAAGGUGGUGGAAGCAAAAGUCACUGAGGUGGAGAUCAACGUUGCAAGAGAACACUAUCGUAAUGUGGCUACCCGAGCCGCUCUAAUCUACUUCAUCAUGAACGAUUUGAAUCGAAUCAAUCCCAUGUAUCAAUUUUCACUGAAGGCCUUUCGUACUGUCUUCGAGUGGGCCAUUGAUAAUGCUCCUGAGGCAGAAACAGACGAAGAGCGUCUCGCAAGUCUUAUGGACAGCAUCACUUACGCCAUCUAUGUUUACACUACGAGAGGUCUGUUUGAACGAGAUAAGCUCAUUUUUUGUGUCCUAAUGGUCCUCCAAAUUCAGCACCAUUCUGGAGACUUUCCUCAAUACCUCAUCGAUUUUCUUCUACGAUACCCCGCAGUACCCGACCUCAAAAGUCCUGUAGACUUUCUCAGCGACCUCAGCUGGGGCGGAGUUCAGGCUCUUGUCAAGAUGGAUUCUUUUCGUGACCUUGAUAAAGACAUAAUCGCCUCGACUAAACGCUGGAAAACGUUUGUGGAGACUGAGGCUCCAGAGAAGGAGAAACUUCCUCAGGAGUGGAAAAACAAGACGGAAGCAGAGAAACUCUGCAUAAUGCGAGCUCUUCGACCCGAUCGAAUGACUUAUGCACUUACCUACUUCAUUUCUACCACAUUUAGUGCCAAGUACGUGGAGGGAAGACAGGUGGACUUCGCCACAUCCUACAAAGAAUCCAGACCCAAUGUUCCAGUCUUCUUUAUUCUCUCACCAGGUGUGGACCCGUUGAAAGAUGUCGAGGUGCUAGGCCACAGGCUUGGUUUCACAGUGGAUAAGAAUAACUUCCAUAAUGUCUCACUGGGUCAAGGACAGGAGAUUGUGGCAGAGAACGCUCUCGACUUAGGAGCGCUGGAGGGACACUGGGUAGUCUUGCAAAAUAUUCACUUAGUCAAACGAUGGCUCCCCAUAUUAGAAAAAAAAUUAGAACAACUGGGAGAAAUUGCCAAUUCGAAAUUCCGUGUCUUUAUCAGUGCCGAACCGGCUCCCAGCGAAGAAACACACAUUAUUCCCCAAGGUAUUCUAGAAAACGCUAUUAAAAUCACCAACGAACCACCCACUGGAAUGCAGGCAAACCUUCAUAAAGCGCUGGACAAUUUCACACAAGAAACGUUGGAACGCUGUUCAAAAGAGGCGGAGUUCAAGCCGAUUUUAUUCGCUCUCUGCUACUUCCAUGCCGUUGUGUCAGAGCGAAGAAAGUUUGGUGCACAGGGUUGGAACAGGAGCUAUCCUUUUAACGCAGGUGAUCUGCGCAUCUGUUUGGACGUACUUUACAACUACUUGGAAGUUAGUUCAAAGGUUCCGUGGGAUGAUCUGCGGUACCUCUUUGGAGAGAUAAUGUACGGCGGUCAUAUCACCGACGAUUGGGAUAGAAGACUCUGUCGAACCUUCUUAGAGGAGUACCUCCAGCCUGAACUCAUUGACGGCGACCUCUACCUUGCCCCCAAUUUCCUGGUGGCUCCAAACUCGGACUACAUGGGGUAUCAUGCCUACAUCGAUGAGGCCCUCCCUCCCGAAUCUCCCCACCUCUAUGGUCUCCACCCAAAUGCGGAGAUUGACUUCUUGACCAAAAAUGCCGAGCGUGUCUUCCGCAUGGUAUUGGAGCUGCAGCCUCGUGAUGCAUCUGCCGCGACAAGUGACUCGGUCUCGAGGGAGGAGGUUAUUUUGCAGAUCAUUGAGGACCUGAUGGACCGGCUGCCCGACGGUUUCAACAUGAUGGAACUGAGUGCGCGUCAAGCGCCUGAAGAACGGACGCCCUACACUGUGGUAGCUAUGCAGGAGUGCGAACGCAUGAACAUUCUGGUGGCGGAAAUUAGACGUUCGCUCAAAGAACUACGUCUCGGUUUAAGGGGUGAACUGACCAUGUCUAGUGAAAUGGAUGCCCUCGCGGGAUAUCUAUUUCUAGAUUCGGUGCCGCAGACCUGGGAGCGCUACGCUUACCCUAGCCUUUAUCCUCUGGGUCUAUGGUUUGCGGAUCUCCUCUCUCGUGUCAAAGAACUUGAUGUGUGGGUACAGGAUUUCACUCUCCCUGGUUCUGUCUGGUUAGGCGGGCUCUUCAACCCACAGUCCUUCCUCACCGCUGUGAUGCAACAGACAGCGCGCAAGUUUGAGUGGCCUUUGGACAAGAUUUGUAUUAGCGUGGAGGUGACCAAGCGCUCGCGUGAAGAUAUGGGUGCAGCACCAAGAGAGGGCGCCUACGUUCACGGUCUUUUCAUGGAAGGUGCACGGUGGGACACCGGAGCAAACGCGGUGGUAGAAGCACGAAUGAAGGAGUUAGCCCCACCUCUGCCGGUCAUCAUGCUGCGCGCAGUGCCAACUGAUAGACAGGAGGGCCGACUAGCCAGCCUCUACGCCUGUCCGGUGUAUAAAACAAAGACGAGGGGACCCACAUUUGUGUGGACCUUCCACCUCCGCACCAAGGAGAAACCAGCUAAGUGGAUUAUGGGUGGAGUGGCACUUUUGCUACAAGUUUAG